AGAGGCCAUCCUGACCCAGGAGGGAGACAGCAGAGAGGACAUCAUCAAAAUGCUGGAGGAGUCUCCGUCUCACCUGGAGUCUGAGGACAUCGAGGACCUGUUCUCUCUGGCGCAGUAUUACCAGAGCAAGACUCCUCUGUCUCUGAGGAAGAUGAACCAGAACCUGUUCGGCAGCUCUCUGGUGGCUCUGAAGGAGGAGGACACUGAUCUGAGUCAAGCUCUGUGUCUCCCUGUGUCUGUCCCUGAGAUCCUGCAGGCCAACCAGCUGCAGCAGGACGGGGUGCGUUUCUUCGUGGUGGAUUGUCGGCCUGCAGAGCAGUACAACGCGGGACACCUGUCCACCGCCUUUCACCUGGACUCUGACCUGAUGCUGCAGAAUCCCUCUGAGUUCUCCCUCUCAGUGAAGUCUCUCCUGGAGGCUCAGAAACAGUCCUUAGAGUCGGGAUCCGUUGCCAGCGGGGAACACCUCUGCUUCAUGGGCAGCGGGCGGGAGGAGGAGGACAUGUACAUGAACAUGGUGCUCGCUCACUUCCUUCAGAAAAACAAAGAGUACGUCAGCAUUGCUAAAGGAGGAUUCAUGGCUCUCCAGAAGCACCUGGUGGACAUGAACAUUGAGGGUCUGGACUCGUCGUACCUGCACUGGAUCGUCAGCACGUCAGGAUCCAGCCUCUGCUCUCCAGACGGAGAGAGCGGCCCUGGAGACGGGAAGGGAGUGAAGUCUCUGGUCAACAAGAUGACGUUUGCUUUCAAGUCAAAGUCUGUGAACGUGAAGGAGAAGAUGAUCAGCUUCAUCGAGAACACCGCCACACCUGUCGACAGAAUGUCUUUCAAUCUGCCGUGGCCCGAGAAGGUGGUUCCUGAUCGACAUGUGAGCAGCAGUGACCGGGUGGGUAAACCGUACCGAGGAGUGAAGCCCGUCUUCAGCAUCGGGGAUGAAGAGGAGUACGACACAGACGAGAUCGACAGCUCGUCCAUGUCCGACGACGACAGGAAGGAGAUCGUGAACAUCCAGACGUGGAUCCACAAACCGGACGUGAAGCACCACAUUCCCUGCAGCGAGGUGAAGGAGACCGGACACAUGUUCCCCAGCCACCUGCUGAUCACAGCCUCCCACAUGUACUGCCUGCGGGAGAUCGCCUCCAGGAAAGGGUUCUCCUACAUCCAGUCCAGACAGGCUCUGAACUCAGUGGUGAAGAUCACGUCCAAAAAGAAGCACCCUGAACUCAUCACCUUCAAGUUCGGCAGCAACAACUCAGCGGGGGUGGAGAUCUCUGCCGUGGAGAGAUAUUUAAUACCGAACGCCGGCGACGCCACGAAGGUGAUCAAGCAGCAGAUCAUGAAGGUGCUGGACGCUCUGGAGAGCUCAUAGAGGGGGGGGGGGCUCCAGCUGGACCCUAACUGUUAGAGGAGGAGAGUCUGUCUGUCCUCCUGCAGAGAGACUGUGUGUGUGUGAGGACACACUGAGUGUGUGUGGUGCUCCGCAGUCAUCAAACAUCUCACACUAACUUAAAAACCUCCCUCAUGGUUUCCUUUGAUCAAACUUCUCCCUCUGAACACCUUGACCCCUGGCCGACCUCUGGAGCUCCUGCUCCUCCGUCAGGUCUCUCUGCUUCCUCUCUGAUCUGAGGCCUCUGUGUUUGGGUCUGGAAACACACAGAUCCUCCAGGAACCUACAGUAAUGUUCCUGCUGUAGUGAUAUGUAUUCCUCUGUGUCACACGUGUUGCUCCAGACUGUGUCACUGUAGUCAUCACGUGUUGUCUCAGAGAGAAGGCCCACAUUUCUGUAAUAACACACACCUGGAAUAUCUCGAUGAAUAAAUAGCACUGCAGCUGAAA